UAGUUGGGUAGCCCUGCAAGAGGAGAAAAAAAUAGAAAAAUUCGAAGGAGAAAAAAACUCGGUGAAUUUGUGGGUUCGGGCGGAUUUGGACGGAGUUUCCGAACUGUCCCGGCCCGAGGAAGCCCCGGGGAGGGAGAGAGAGUUUUCAGCACCGGAAUGAUGGAAGAUUCCCAUUUUAACUCCUCAUACUUCUGGUCUCCCGUUCCAACAGUGCAAGGACAGAUUGAGAACGCCAUGUUUCUGAACAAAAUGAAGGAGCAGCUGGGCCCGGACAAGAACCCCUCCUUCCCCCACUCCUCCUCCCACUAUCCCACCGCCGUGCUGACUGUGCCCGGCUCCGUCGCCAUGGAAGCGGCAGGGCGGGCACCCAAGCAGGAGGGGGGAGGGGGCGGGUCGCUGGGGAGCGGAGGGCAUCUGCACCCACCGCACACGUCCCAGAACAUCACCGUCGUGCCUGUGCCCUCCACCGGCAUCAUGACAGCAGCGGGCCUGGUCAUCACCACCCCCCAGGGCACGCUGGUCUCUCCGCCCUCCUCCUCACAGUCCUUCGUCUCCGGGCACCCUACCACCACCAUGAUCGUGUCCACCCUGCACGCCCCCAACCCAGGUAAAGGGCACUACUGGGAGCCCUCCGGAGAUUGGUCUGAUAGGAGGAUGAAUGAGGCAGGCGGCCCUUCCUCUCACUACCUGUACAGUCACAACAAGAAAGAAGACGUCACCAUUUCUCCAGCGGUCGUCAUGCCAACGCCCUCAAAGCGGGGCAGGAAAAAGAAGUCGGCAUUGCCGCGGGCGGGCCCUGCCUCCGCCGGCCAUCCUCUCCCGACAGGAAGUGACGCGUUGAUUCUGGCGCACCUGGCCUCUGGGGGGCAGCACCACAGCACUGAUCCUUACGACCUCUCCAACGACGAGGACGACCACGGCGGCAAAGAUGGGAACAAGUCUUACAGGUGCCGGAUGUGCGCGGUGACCUUCUUCAGUAAGUCAGACAUGCAGAUCCACUCCAAGUCGCACACAGAGGCCAAACCGCACAAGUGCCCGCACUGCUCCAAAUCGUUCGCCAACUCCAGCUACCUGGCGCAGCACAUCCGCAUCCACAGCGGGGCCAAGCCCUACACCUGCUCCUACUGCCAGAAAUCAUUCAGGCAGCUCAGUCACUUACAGCAGCACACACGGAACCACACGGAGGCCAAACCGCACAAAUGCCCGCACUGCUCCAAAUCGUUCGCCAACUCCAGCUACCUGGCGCAGCACAUCCGCAUCCACAGCGGGGCCAAGCCCUACACCUGCUCCUACUGCCAGAAAACCUUCCGGCAGCUCAGUCACUUACAGCAGCACAACAGGAUCCAUACUGGUGACCGGCCAUACAAGUGUGUGCAUCCUGGCUGCGAGAAAGCAUUCACCCAGCUAUCCAACCUGCAGUCUCACCGGCGGCAGCACAAUAAGGACAAGCCUUUCAAGUGCCAAAACUGUAACCGCGGUUACACGGACUCGGCCAGCCUGGAGGUGCACCUGUCCACCCACACCGUCAAACACGCCAAGCUCUACUCCUGUGGCCUGUGCAAUCGGUCGUACACCUCGGAGACGUACCUGAUGAAGCACAUGAGGAAACACAACCCGGACCCGCUGACCGCUGCCACCGUGGCGGCCGCCCAGCAGCAGCAGCAGCAGCAGCAGCAGCAGCAGCAGCAGAGCCAGGGCCAGGGGGGCGGGGGAGGGGGGCAGGGCCGCGGGGAGAGAGGGGAGGGCAGGGGGACCGGAACCGGGGGCGGCUCGGGAGGGGGCGGCGGCCAGGGCCAGAACCAAGGCGGCCACGGCAACCCCGGCAGCUACCCGCAGGCGGAGGGCGUGCCCUGCACCUUCGACCUGCACCAGUACAAGACGGUGUCGGCCGGGGACAUCCAGUACAAGCCGGUCAGCGUGGCGGACCUGGCCGCCCACAAGGAUCUCUGCCUCACCGUCUCCACCUCGGCCAUCCAGGUGGAGCACCUCAACUCGUAGAGCUGGGGGGGGGG